AAGGAAGGAAAUGGCUGUUUAUAAACCUUUUUGGAGCUUCUCACCGUGGGGAGGGCAAGAGCACAGAAACUGUGGGUGGACCAUGAGAGCAGAGGCAGACAAGGCGACCUCAUGCUCCCCAUUUCAAGCCCAUUUCAAAAACAUUCAUAGCAACAGUGCAAAGACAACUUGCAAGAAUACAGCAGCGGGGAAACAAGGCUUAAUGGUCUCUCUGAUUUGUCAGAUAAUACUGGUCCAUCUUUCAAGUUAUACCCAAAGCAGGGGCCUCUGAGUAAACAUCUGUAUUGCUGUUCCAGAGCCAUUCCAGAACUCUUUCCAGGGAUGUCAACUCUACCUCUGGACACCGAUUUCAACUAUGUUACAGUCACCUCUCUAGACCAGGCUGAAGAGAAAUACAGUCAUUCACCUGAGUCUUCAACGCAGGCCAUGAGGCGGCCAUGUAAGCAAAAGAAGCUUUGUCGUAGCCUCUCCAAGUCAGACUCAGACUUACUGGUUCCCUGUGAAGAGGAUGUGGCUCUGGUUGAAAGGACCAAAUCGUUGGCCAAGUGCAGGAUGGAGAGGACACAAAUGGAUCGGCUGUCCUCACUCACUGCCGAUUGGGAAGAGAUUGAGAAGAUCAUGACAUUAAUUGACAGUGGCAUUGAACUCUCCAAGGAGCACCAACCAGCAGAUGCUGCAGGAAGCCGGGUGCUGGAGCAGUCAGUGGGGGAGUGGCUGGAACAUGUGGGCUUUCCUCAGUAUGAGAGUAAGCUGCUACUAAAUGGAUUUGAUGACCUGCACUUCAUGGGCAGUAAUGUAAUGGAAGAUGAAGACCUUAGAGAAAUUGGCAUCACAGACCCAGGUCACAGGAAGAAAAUUCUUCAUGCAGCAAAGAGUCUACCAAAGGUGAAAGCUCUGGGUUCUGACGGCAGUACUUCGCUGGCCUCAUGGCUGGACAAUCUAGGUCUUGGAGAGUAUCUCCACAACUUUCUAUCCAGUGGCUAUCGCACACUUGAGUGUGUGAAGAAUCUGUGGGAGCUGGAGAUUGUUAAUGUAACAGUGUAACAUUUCGCUCUAACUCAGUUGUACCUUACACAUUAUUUUUUACUACAGUAUAUAUAAAGUCAUGUGUUUGAUACAUUUUCCUUUGCUAUUUGGCUGUCUAGUAUUAGUUUUAUGAGUACAGGCACUUGAUUUUUGAGCUAAUGUGAUAUUUUUUGCAUUUGUUUGAAUUCAUCUGAGUAAUACCGUCCAACCAGGCCGAUGCAGUGUGUGUCCUAUCUUUUGUAGGUGUUAAAAAUUGGCCUGCUUGGCCACAGGAAGAGAAUAAUCGCUUCCAUCUCAGAGCGGCCCUAUGAGGAAGCACCUUCGAAGUCUACUCCCUUCUCCCAGCUUAAGGUGACUGACAUGCUUUAUGUUGUGCUUUACAUUUUGGACAGUGCAAAAUGCAUUCCACACCUGGAAGGUCCUUUCAACUCAGAGACUCUUGGUGACAAUACUCUCAGUAUUAAGUCCUUAGAAAUGCAUUUGUUGCCAUGCUGUUUUUGCUACAUAAACUCAAUUAAUGCACACAUUGGCCAAUUUAUCAGGAAUAGUUGCUA